CUGAGCCACAAUAGACUCAUUCACUGACUCAAAAACAACCUCACAAACCCCAAGAGCAACCAUGGACCAAGUGAACUUCAGCAGGGGGGUAAUGCAUAUUAAGGACCAUGGCUCCAGAGACUUGUCCCAGGAAACAGUCAAGAGGCUGAUCCUCCAGUCUCAGAAGGCAAAACAGCAAGCCUACUGUCCUUACAGCAAAUUCAGAGUGGGAGCGGCUCUCUUGACCCUCGACAACUGUGUGUUUACAGGUUGCAAUGUGGAGAAUGCAUGUUACAACCUGGGUCUAUGUGCUGAGAGGACUGCUAUCUCAAAGGCAGUGUCCGAAGGCUACCGGAGCUUCAAGGCUAUUGCAAUUGCCAGUGACCUGAAUGACCAGUUCAUCUCCCCGUGUGGUGGCUGCAGGCAGUUCAUAAGAGAGUUCGGCUCAAACUGGGAUGUGUACCUGUCAAAGCCAGACGGCUCGUACCUGAAGAUGACUGUGGACGAGCUGCUGCCCGUCUCCUUCGGCCCCGAAGAGCUGUCCAUGAAGAAAGUGUUCGAAAUCUCUCCUGAGUACUGACCCUGGAUUCUGACACAAAACACACGAGUGGCUUCUGUGAACCACCCUGACAUGUACUGUGUAAAACGCACAUGCUGCUGAAAAUGUAUUCAUGUUUAGCAGUCAUUCUAUUUAUGGUAAAUAUUUACUCUUUUAUCUGCUGAUUGUAAACAAUGUCAUAUUUAAAUUUACUCUGUGUAUCUGUAAUAUUAAUAAACACAACAUGAGGGUAAUUGACAAACUAUUUGCUGGAAAAUUCACUGUGCUUUAAUUAGUGAUCCAUUAACCAGUGGUGGAAGAAGUUUUCAUAUAAUUUACUUAUGUUUAAGUUCUAUAACCUAACCACACUGUGAAAAUACGCCAUUACAAGUACAAGUCCUGUAUUCAAACCUUACUCAAGUAAAAGUACUGUAUGUAAGUAUUAUCAGCAAAAUGGCAAAAUGUACUUGAAGCAUCAAAAGUAUUGAUUGUAAAAUGUUCCCUGUUAGUGUUUCACUACUACAUAUGACAUUUUAGAUUAAUAUAACUGCUGCAUUAAUGUGUGUGUGUUGCAAUUGACUGUUGUAGAUGUUCAAGGUGGUGCAAAUUUCGACUCUUUUGUAUACUGUUGAGUAGUUUAAUUGAAAGCAAUGCAUCAUAUUCUGUAAGAUCAUGUUUGUAGCUUUGCUGUCCUGUGAGAACCACGUAAAGUUUGCCCAACCAAGAGGGUUUUAAAUCGUUAAUUUAGCUUAAGAAGUACUAGAAUUUUCUCAACACAUAAAGGAAAACUUGGAGAUUUGGAGAAACAUGGUUUUCACUGGACAGUAAUGGUAUGACAAACUGUAAUCUAAAAAGCUGUCAGGCAAAUGUAGCGCCGUAAAAAGUACAAUAUUUCCCUCUGACAUGUAGUGGAGUAGAAGUAUAAGGUUGCAUAAAAUGGAAAUACUCAAGCAAAGUGCAAGUACCUUGAAUCUGUACUGAAAUACAGUUCUUGAGUAAAUGUACCCAGUUACAUUCCACCACUGAAUGCUGUAUUGUUGUAUAUAGAAAUCUUUAGUUUAAAGAAGUAUGAUGGAAAAUGGUGUAUCGUAUCCACAUAUUUUAAUAAAUAAACUGUUUUAAAAGGA